AUGGUCUAUCACGAUAUUGCUACACGCGCGCAAGCGCUUACUCUUAAGCUGAUUGUUCAGCUUGAUAACAAGGAUAUUGAAGCUAUUACAGGCCUGAAGGCGCGGACUAUUAACAGCAUCGCUGAUAGGGCUCUCGAACGUGGCUUUGAUCCGAAAGGCUGUCCUCCGGUGAUCCUUGACGAACAUGUCCGCGAUGCUCCAAAGACCGGCCGUCCCUCGAAGCAAAGCGAAGAUAAAGAUACGGUUCUCAAAAAGGUCCGCAAAAGCCGCUUUGGCCGCGAGAUGACAUGCGCUUAUAUCUCGGCCCAGCUA